CUGAUUGAUCAAUUCCUUAGAGCUAAGAUAUUAUACAAAGGUGAUUUAAAUGGAUUUAGAAACCGCUACAAUUGAUGCUGAUAGUGUGACUGAAUCCCAAACUGGUAUAACUACUGCUGUGAACCAAGCAGAAAAUACUGCUUCUUUCCAAAGUAAUUCCAGUUCAGAAGAUGAAUCUUCAGAGGGAUCAGAUGAAGAAGAGGAAGAGCCCAGAUUGAAAUAUGAACGUGUUAGAGGAGACCUGCCAUCACUGCUGGAAAGGGAUAGCCUGACAUCCAUUGUAUCUGAUGACAAGGUGAUUGUACUGGGCACAAUGGGAGGCUGUGUCAUUGUGCUGGAUCACCUGGGCUACAAAAUACAACACAGAAGACCCCACAUUGCCCAGGUUGUAGACGUGGCUCUUGCUGGAGACUACUGGGCCAGCGUCGCCAAAGACAAGAGGGUGGAGGUGCAGGGAAUGCUGUCUACUGAACACAAUGAGACCAUCUCACUGGAUCCCAAUGCUGUUCAUUGCGUUAUUCUUGACCCUGCCUUUGGCAACUCCAGAGCCAAUACUCGCUUUGCUGUUGGUCACAGCGGUGGCAUCGCUCUCUAUGAACGCGCCCGAUUCAAGGGCUACCGCUGCCAAGCCCUAAGCGACAGCGCCGGUGGCAGUGUUGGGGCGAGUGUGGGCGUACGGGGCGGUGCGGUCCGUGGUGGGGCAUGGACGGGUAACGUGUUGGCAUGGGCAACAGACACGGGCGUCAGAGUCUACCACAUGAUCCUGCGCACUACCAUUGCUCUUAUUCCCAGAGACCACAGUGCUGCCCUGGACAGCGUUCAGUUCCCCCCACAACUAAAAUGGCAGUCACAGGACCGCCUCCUCAUUGGCUGGGCAGACUCUAUCAAAGUUUGUUGCAUCAAACCACGGCCGCAAGGGACCUCGUCCUGCCGCAGUUCCCGAACUUCGUCCCCAAAUAUUGGCACAAGCUCGCGGCACUCAGAGUCUCCACUCGCCAACAAGCUAUUGUGCAGCGUCUCAGAAACUGAUAGCGCUCAAAUUGCUUCAUUUUCUCCUUAUGAUAGCGGGAGCAGAAAAUAUAGCUCCAGUGUGUUGACUCCCAGACCGGGAGCAUUGGCCACUGGUUCGGCUUUGCGCAGCCCUCAGUUUCCUACUGAGGCUCUGCCUAGUACUCCUGAAGGUAUUUCCAGCUACUUGAGUUCCAGCAUAAUUGCCAUCACAGGUGGUAAUGGCAGGAUAACACCUCCCAGCACUCCUUCUUUUGAUUUGCCUCCUCUCUAUGUUGAGAUAGAAAGCAUGUUCACAACUCCAUUUUACAUUUGUGGCAUCGGCAUGCUGGAGGAUCUCAUCAUCACUCUGACCUACAGUAAAACUCCGACGCUUGAAUCUUCGAGGGCAUCUCCCACUGACACCAAAGGUCCUCAGCAAUUUACUGACGAUCCUCAUGAAUGGAGGAGACCUCAGUUACGUUUAUUAGAACCUCAACAAAGAUCUUACGAUGAAAUAUCGAAAGACAUCCUAGGUACCAACAGGUACAAGGAGUAUCUUCCAUUGCACUACAAACUCGAAUGUGUUGCAGGGGGUGAUCGUUGGUACGUGCUAUCGCCUCGGGAUUUGGUGGUAGCUAAGCCUCGAGAACCAAGUGACUCCUUGGAGUGGCUUAUAGAGCAUCACAAAUACCCACAAGCACUCCACUUGAUAGAGAGAGAAGGUGGCACCAUCGGCGACCACACUGAAGCAAGCGUUGGUCGCCAGUAUCUGAACCACUUGCUUGAGUGCCACAUGUACGACGAUGCGGCCCGAAUUUCUCAAAGAGUCAUCAGAGAUAACGUAGGUGAGUGGCUGGAGUUGGUAAGGGCUUUUGCGGAUGCUGGGGAAUUACGCAUCUUACAUGAGUAUUUACCUCACGGUUCUCCUCCUCCACUUCCCGUAACGACUUACAACGAAGUGCUCAUGGAUUUACUGGACCACAACAGGGAGGGACUGGUGGCCGCAUUGCAGAAGUGGCCAAGUUCUUGCUACGACGUCAACUGGCUCGUCAGUGCCGUGCUACAGAGAGUUGCUACUCAGAACUGGAGUGUUCCCCUAUUGCAGUCUCUUGCUCACCUGUAUUCCCACCAACAAAGGCACGAUAAAGCCCUCGCCAUAUACAUUAAGCUUGAACAUAAAGACAUCUUUGGCCUGAUAAAAAAGCACGGGCUUUAUUCCACCAUUGGCACAUACGCUGUGCACCUCAUGACGCUGGAUGCCGACCUCACCACGGAGCUAUGCAUGACUCACAUCAGUGAUGCGCCGCCCACGGAGAUGGUGCCUGCCCUUUCAUCUACACCCAAUCUUCUUUAUAAAUAUCUUACGGCUCUCCAUAAGAAGCAUGAAGACUUGUGCAAACCAUAUCAUGAUGAUCUCGUACAACUCAUGGCUGACAACCAACAGUCCGAAAAGCUACUCCAGUUCCUGAAAGCGUCCAACAGCUAUAACUUAAGCGCUGCUCUACGAGUGUGCAAGGACCGAGGCUUGCUUCACCACACCGUCUACCUUCUCAAUCGAACUGGCAACACUCAGGACGCGCUGUCUCUUGUUCUACUAGAGGCCAGGGAUUUGAACUGGGCCAUCGAUCUUUGCAAGCAUCAUAACGACCGUCAUUUGUGGGACACUCUUAUCGAUCACACUAUCUCGUACUCGGACAACAUCCGACCUCUUCUAGAAGAGGCUGGCAAAUACGUUGGCGAGGUAGAAAUCUUGCGUAAGAUUCCACCAGGCUUGGAGGUUCCUGGCCUAAUGGCUUCCAUUUCCAAGAUCAUGGAAGACACGAGGAAAAAAUUGGCACUCCACAGCGGCUGUGAACGACUCUGUAAAAGGGACAUCGUUCAUCUCAAUGAACGAAGGCGACGUUUGGCUACUCGAGCCAUAAGCAUCGACGAGCAAACGUCGUGUCCCCGAUGCGAGAAAUCCGUGAUCGGCAAGCAAGCCAAAAAUUUAGGUGGACUUGUAGCCUUCAGGUGCGGCCAUGUUUUUCAUAGCGACUGUCUGACUUCCUCAAAUGAAAUCGCGGCUUCGUUUCCUGCGAACAACACUGGCAGGAAGAGAGAGCGGUGCAAGCCUCUACCUACACUCGUCUGUGUGGUGUGCCUUUUGAAAAAUCAGCUCUUCCGAUAAUGAUGCCGAAAUACUUCUGGUCUCUCGUAAUCAUGCAGCGUGAGAAUAUGCUAAUUUAUUCCAGCCUCUCAAAGCUUAUAUUGAUGAUGCAAUAUUUUACAUAAUCUUUUGUCUCAGCUAGGUCGAAGAAUUAACUGGCGAAUACUGUAAUGUUGUGCUUGAUCUUGAGUCUUUUAAUUGCACGAUAUAAUUAGAUAUUUCUGCCAGCUUGUGGACUAAAAUUACCUAUCUAAGAAUCUUCCCAGAAGUUUUGCACUCCCAAUCAGAAUUAUUUCCUACUUUUUGUGAAGUGUGACGUAAAUCUUGAAUGGAUCAUUCAUGUAAGAUUCCUUUCACUCUCGAGAUAUGUAACGACCAAUUUUUCACAAGUUAAGCAUAAAAUUGAGCGUUCACGCAACAAGUGGACGAAAAUCAUUCCAACGUGUGCUGUGAAAUGUACGCAUGUACGGUAGUCGUGCUACGCUAUUGAACUGUUUUUAUUUUUUAUUAUUGUUUUCUUGGCUCACUAAUAACUGACAUGAAAACCUGUAAACCUCAGUUUUCUAUAAAUAAAAAGAAUAUCACGUGUGAACGAUGCAGCAUCACACCAGCCAUUGGAGAUUUAGGUGAAAUUUACGGAUGUGAAGAAGAAUACCUAUACCUAUAGAAGAAUUACGGAUGUAGGUAUAUGGUAUGACAUGUUCAGAAAUGGCUUAUUAUGGAUAAGAGCAAAUUUUGCCUCGAAGAUAUUA